AUGUCGUCGCCAUUCGACUCGACCCGCCGUUUUAGAACAAUUUUUCGGCAUUUACACAGCAAAUUGGACGAGUCGACAUCGAGUUGCCGGGACGGAAACGGCGACAACGACGACGACGACAAGUUUUCUUUGGUGACAGUGACGAGUGCUUCUCUUCAGGAGAGCACCGGCAGCACAUUCACCGGAUCCGUUUGCACCGAUUGGCAAGACAAAUUUGCGUGUCGUGCGUUACACAGGCGAGGCCGUAUCUUCAGUUACCGGAAGAGAAAGACACGUCUCGCCGAUGGAGUCUUCAGCGCACCCGCUGGUGUCUGUCCGCAUCGCGUCACCUCGUCGAUCAGCCGUCGCAAUGUGAUUCCCGGCUCGUGUUCAUUUGGCCGCAAAAAGCUAACAGAGCUCGGCUCUCGAGUGUUUUCGCGCCUUUGCUUCGCGGCAUUCUGGUCGGAUUGUUGUUCGUGGAUGCACUUCACCUGUGGCCCGGAGAAUUUUUACCCACGUCUCUACCCUCGAUCUUGCCGAUUACCUUACCGCCAGUCAAAUGCAACAUCAUCGAGCCACGCUGGUUCGAUAAUAAAUGACUGCAAAUCGCGUCUGACAGAACCUCCACAUCAAGCGUACGCGGAAUUUUCUCCCGAUAAAAAUUCUCAUCAAUCUGACGCGCACAGUAAUAUGAUGCAAGGUAAAUUAACAAUCAUCUUUCUCGCCAAGAAUCGACAUUGGAAGAUUUUUCCUGCAAUAUCCGUGAUCGGUGCAUAAACGAGAUGUCGGCUCGCAAGAAUAAAGCAUUUAAGUUAUUAUCGAGACCGGUUUCAGCAAAUUGUUUUGUUAGGAAACAACAUUUAUAAUCGUUAUGUAUGCCAGUAAUAAUACCAACAAUAAAUUCUCGAGUAAAAUGAUCACAG